UGGUUUGUGUCAUUGUGGUGCUGCAUGGCCCACUUUCUCCUGAGAUUCAGUUCACAGACAGAUGUUCUUGAUAGUUUUCUGUAGAAUUUGCUGCUAGAAUUCAAAAUUGAUUGUGUGAUUAAUGAUGGUGAGCCAGAUGGGCCAAACCAUGAUACUAUCAGCAGCAUGUUUCAUUGUAGUGGUGGUAUCAUUGAUGGGAUAAAUGGACUGGUGCUUAUAUAGUGAUUUUCUAUUUUCAUGUGGACUAAAGUAGUGGACUGACCAACAGACUGACAUUAACAUCAGAGCCGUGCUGCUAGUGUGGCUAAAAGAAAAGAGAAGAAGAGACAGUCAUGUUGAUAUGAACAUUAGAGAAACACAUCAUGGAGCUGAAAUAUGAUCCUGCUUCCUCAUUUGGACUCAUUCACCUCAGCUGACACAUUCAACAGCAGACAGGUUUUUGUAGCAGUCUGUCUCACUGUGGGAGGAAACGUCUACCCCAUCUUUGGCUCUGGAACUAAACUGUCUGUAACAGAUGAGCAGGUAGUGAAGCCCGUGGUGAGCGUGUACCCAGCAGCAUCCAGAGCCCACCUGGAGGGGAACAGCUCCCUGCUGUGUGUGGCCUCAGCCAUGUUUCCUCCUCUGGUCCAGUUCUCCUGGAAAAGACAGAAGAAGAACGGCGGAGAACCGGAGGAGCUGCCCCCUGCUGAGGGAGAGCAGCUGGAGCUCAGAGAGUCGGGACGCAGCGCCUCCAUCUUACUGAUCAAUCAGCAGGACACCAACACAUAUAAAUACAGCUGCUCCGUGAAGCAUGAGGGGGGCACAGUGGAGGCCCAAACACAACAAGUGAUUGAGCUUCAUGUGGAGAUGCUGUCAAAGAGAGCAGAGGAGCAGAGGACUGACAUUUCUCACUGCAGCUCCAAACAUUUGACUCCUUUUCUUUUUCCACCCACAGAUGAUGUUCUUUCUAUGCACAAGGUAAGGCUGCUCUGCCUGCUGUACACAGUGCUGAUAGUGAAGAGUCUGGUGUACUGCUGUGGACUCUCUCUGCUGAUGAUCCGCAGAAACAAGGGAGCGUCCACCAACUGCACACAUGCUGACUGACUGUUUUCUGCUCGCCUUU